AUGAUCGGAAAUCUACAGGAGACUGUAUCCCAGCUUGUGUACCUCAAACGUGAUGUUAAAAAAUUAAAAGACGAGAUUGUUUCAAAAGAUAUUGCUAUAGCAACAAUGGAGAAGCUUCAAUACGAUUCAGACACGCAAAUAGCACAAUUUACUUGUGUUAUUGAAGAGCUGAGGGAAAAAUUGCAAGAAACAGAAGCCGAACAUAAAAAUAAGAUGAACAUAGUAGUGCUAGAAUAUGAGGAAAAAAUCCAACGAAGUGCGGCUGAAGUAGCACAGCUACAAGAAAACCUCACGAUGCAGGCUGCUCGCACUGAGGCUAACAUUGAAGCAUAUCGAAGGAAAGUGGAAGAUUUAGAAGAGAAACUGAAACAAAGUAAAUUUAAAGAGUAUUUAGCUCAAAACACCUAUCCUUCAGAAGGCCAAUAUGAAAAUAGAGUUGAACGACCAUAUUCUAUGAACAAGAAUUACACCGAUUCUUUUUCUACUGAGUAUUCUACGAGUAUACCAGAAAGCCCAAAACCAAUGCCCUGUCAAAUGGCAAGUACACUUAACAAAGCCGUAAAAUCUCCUGCAUUACAAAUUAUGUAUAGUGACACAAAAACUCCAAAUAUGCCUAGAAAUGAUAAAAAAGGACACUUUAAUAUAACAAAGAAAAGAAAACUGUACAACGAAAAGGACUUUCUAAACCAG